AUGUACAGCAUUGAGGAUGCAGAAUAUGUUUAUGAUAUGUAUUCUGGUAUAUUGGAAAGACAUCUUGAUAAAAGCAGGUUGGUUAUGUUAGAUCAGGGGUGGCAAACUGGGCUGUUGGUUUUUGUUUUAACCUUUCAGUUAAGACCUAGACAACCAGGUGAGGGGAGUUACUUUCUAAUCAGUAACCUUAAUUCCACAAUCAAGUACAAGGGAGGAGCGAAAACCCACAGACAUUCCGCGCACCGUGGAAUGAGUUUGACACGUGGAAUAAAUAGAUCGUUAACUGAUCAUAGAGACCACACACACUGUGGGGCCAUAGUACCAGACCAUUUCCAUCCAUUUGGGGGCAGAAUUGAGUUGUCACAAUAUUAUUUCAUGGCGAUGGAAGUAGCUAACAGGCUGUCAUUACUUGCGUUACGUACAUGCAUCACUGUAUAAAUGUGUCUUUGUAGGCUAUUUUAUAGUUCACCGCUCAGCGGAGUAGUUUUUAUCUGGGAUUAUAAAUUGCAUUAGUACUGUACCUCAAUAGUUAUAUAAUUUUAGCUUUGCAUUAUCAAUGUUAGUCAAAAAUGUAGGGCCGGCUAAUUAUUCAACAGGCAAGUUAUCCACAUGUCAAAUGGAAUUGUAUUGAGGGAAAACGCCUGUCAGCAUAACGGCCACACGCGAUCUAUUAUGUACUAUUUAAUAGGCUCUAGUUUGCAUGGACUGACAAUGUUGCCAUUCUCAUAAAAUUGCCAUUCUCAUGAGAUUUGCAUACGCAUAGUAACUAUUCAGCCAACGCUGCGCUGGAACUCUGGAACUUGUUGCUGUCACUGGGCGGGCCCUAAUGAUGUUGUACGCCUAGACGGGGGGUGUAAUUCAAGUGAAGGAAAAUCGAGUCAAGGGAGUUACCUCAACGGCUAGUUUUUCGAGAUAUGAGAUCGGGCCAUAUUUCAUGUUCGUCUUUCUCUAAAAAAAAUUAAAAAAGAAGUGGAGAAAGAUCCAAUUGAGAGUUGCACAGCCAACAUUCUGCCUAUCUGCUGGUGGACAAAUGUACCCCCCUCCCCGUGCAUGCACAAUUUCUCUGUGUUUACAAGUGAUUGAAACCGUGCCAGCGAAGAGGGAAAAGGAUAACCUAGGAAGGAGGGAUGGUGGACAAUUCCGGUAGCAGCAAGGCACAAAUGCCCAGCAUGUCACAGGAGAGUGGUCUGGGGGGUGUCUAUCCUCAGGCAGGCACUGCAGGAGGAAUGAAGCUGGAGGCUGUCAUGGAGCAGCUGCAGCGCCAGCAGCAGGCCAGGCUGGAGAUGGAGUGCAAAGAGAGGCGGCUCCGUGAGGCCCACAUCAUGUACGCCCAGCAGGUAGCAGCGCAGCAGGCCAUCCUGGCCGCGGCCCGGGCCUCUGGAGCUGGCUUCAUGGGCAAGGCCCUGGUUGGAGGUGCAGGGAUACCCAGAGGAGGCCCACUGUCCCGGGUCUCCAACCAGAGCAGUGUGGACUCGGAGAGGGAGGAUGAGGAGGACAGAGGCCGGGAUUCAGGGGAUGAUGAGGAGAUGAUGGAUGGAGACGAGGGGAGCGAGGAGGAAGAGGGAGGGGCUAGUGGUCUUGAGUACCUCCGCAAGCAGACACUGGCUCUACAACAGGGUGCCUCCCGCCUCCCAGCGCAUCCAUUUGGCAGUUACUCUACCUCGGGCCCCCAGCAGGUGCCAUUGCCACCUGCCAGGGUGAAGCAGGAGCCUGACGAGAGCCGCUCUCCUGCAGGGCCCCAUUCUGCCACCUCCCCCAACGGGCAGGCUGACUGGAAUAGCUUUGAGGAUCAGUUCAAACAGAAUGGGAGUGGUGCUUGGGCAGAUGAGAAUGACAGUGGAAGAGGAGGAAGAGGAGAGGCCUCCAGAGACUUUGCUAAGCUGUAUGAGCUUGACAGUGACCCCAACAGAAAGGAGUUCCUGGAUGACCUGUUCACCUACAUGCAGAAACGAGGGACUCCAGUGAACCGCAUCCCCAUCAUGGCCAAGCAGGUUCUGGACCUGUACAUGCUUUACAAGCUGGUGACAGAGAAGGGCGGCCUGGUGGAGGUCAUCAACAAGAAGAUCUGGAGAGAGAUCACCAAGGGCCUCAGCCUGCCCACCUCUAUCACCUCUGCUGCCUUCACCCUCCGCACACAGUACAUGAAGUACCUGUAUCCCUUUGAGUGUGAGAGGAAAGGUCUAAGUUCGCCAGGCGAGCUUCAGGCGGCCAUCGACAGUAACCGCCGGGAGGGCCGUCGCCCUAGCUACAGCAGCAGCCUCUUCCGCUUCUCCCCCAGCACAGCCCCUCACAUCCUCUCCCCUCCCAAGAUGCACCUGUCUGCACUGGGUGCCGGAGCCGCUGGGAGCCUCAACGGCCUGCUGGCCUCACCCGUCCACUCUCUCAAAAAAGAAGAGGUCACCCCCUCCGUGAUGGCAGCGGCUCGUGGUACCUCCAUGUCCCUGUCGCUGGGGCAGCAGCAGGUGGCAGGGCUGGCGCGGGCUGCCACUCUGGAGCAGCUGAGGGAGAAGCUGGAGACUGGCGAGGGCCCUGAGAGGAAGAUGGCACGCCUGGCAGAGGAGCAGCAGCAGCGUCUGAUGCAGCAGGCCUUCCAACACAACCUGCUUGCCAUGGCCUCCCAGGUCCCCAUGAACCUGCGCCUGGGCAACAGCACCACCGCUAGAGUGGGUUAUGCAGAUGUAUGCUGCAAGACACCCACAAGGAAAUAUGAGAAGCAGCAGGACAUGGCUCUGAGCAUCUCCACCAAUGGAUCUGCUAGCAUCAGUGUGUCUGUGGAGGUCAACGGCACACUCUAUUCAGGAACCCUGUUUGCACAGAAGUCAGGCGCACCAGGGACUAGUGUGUCCACUCCAGUGCCCUCUGCUGGACCCAGCGCUGGGUUUGGGUUCGUCACCUCUGCCCACAGCCACAGUCCCAGCUCUUCCUCUUCUUCCAAGGGGCCUUGCUCAGCCGAGCCCUCCACCAGUGGCUCCCCUUAGCUCAGGCCGCCCUACAACCCACUCUCUAGGCUUUUCAUCAACACCGAGGCCUAGCAUGAAUACAGUACAUUGAUAAAUCGAUAAGAAAAAAAGAAACUGGUGCACAACAAAUACCUCAUUGCUCCUGUCAACCUUGGCUACCCGUUUAUGAAUACACAAUUCACACACCCAAUUACAUCUCAAGAGAACAUGAACACACACACACACCUAUGCAUUUUACACACAUGUACACAUACACACAUGCAUUUCACAGACACCCAGCACACAGACACUCUUAUCCCAAACACAUGCUAAACACAAUCAGAGCUCAGCCAAAACCCACUGACAGGUGUUCACAACUGAACUUGAAGAGUUUUAUUUUGUUUGUUUGUUGGCUUUUUGUUUUUUUGAUUUUAGUUUUUUCGAAUUAUUAUUAUUAUUAUUAAUACUAUUUUUUUAGUUAUCUUUUUACAUACCUCAAAUCAAGUAACCUGCAGUGGUAUCUUUACCUCAGGAGCUGUAGUAUACUUCACCUGAAUUAACUUUAUUUUUGUAUCCUUUUUGAUCUUAUUGAAAUCAGGGGAAUUUCUGGGAAUUUCACAACGGAACCUCACUCACCUCAGCACACCACCUACGCAUUCAUGCAGUAACCCUAUCACACCGCUCGAGUUGCCAUGACGACGGGCCGUAGCCUUUUUGCUUCUGAGUGCACUACUUUAUUGAUCCUACAGAUCGCCAUGUAAAACCUCAUAUACAGUAGUCACUCCCACAAUCAAUACCAGGGAGUCACCCCCUCAUUCAGCCUAUUUGGAAUGAUGUACUUAAUCUUCAAUCUAACACAAGAAACUGAUGGGCAAUGUGUCUAAAGGGCUUUGAGGAUCAGAAUUAUCUUUGGAUAUUUUUUCACACACGGUAUGAGGUCAUAAGAACUGACUGAUCCGUCUAUCUGUUUAGGACUAGCAGCCCCAAGCUCACCACCCCGGAUCGAUCUAAUAAUCAGAAAGGUAGUGAAGGUGUUCUAGUCCCUGCUCUGGGAUCAGUGUGUGUCCCUAGUUCAAUUCAACAGAGAGGAGAGACAAAUCACCCAUCAAUGGUUUUCCUCCAACACUGGCAGACCAGACCUGAAGUGUUCUAACCACAUACCUUUUCAAACCUCAUAUUCACCUCUCCGUGUGGGAGAGGGCCCUUUCUCAGGAAGCACAGUGAAGUCUCUUAUUAUGGACUCGCUUUGUCAUUUAAAAAAGGAUUCCACCGAAAGAAUGCGCAAGUCUAACAGACUGUCUUCAAAGAAUACCUCAGACUCUCUAGAAGGAGACGUACACUACAUACCUCAUUGCUGCAAAGCCAGCGUGACUUGACCUGGUGGUUUGAGUCCCUGCGACAAGCAACGGUCCACAGGAGUGGACCCCUCCCGAAUGCUGGACUACAUACGUAGACUUGACUACUGGGUUUUCUUGGGGACACAUUAUUAUACCAAGCUGAACUGGGAUGGGCUUGCUCUCCUCCGGUUUUCUCUGUAUUUGUUUGGUUUACUUCAUACUGCAUUUUAUGAGACAAAACCUAUUUAAGAGUAUUGCUCUGCAUGUGUACAAUCAGGUGGCCAGUAUUUUACACCGUAAUCCUCUGCUGUGUGGUAGCCUCUGGCCGUUGCACAGCUGAAUACCAAAGACUAGCCCUGUCUCCUGCCCAGGCUGUUAUGGGCUAGCUGCUGUGGGUUAGCUGAAUAGGCUAGCUGAACCACUAGGUAGGAUACAGUGGAGUAAAGAAUGGGUUCUAUGCUAGCCCAUCUUCUAUAGUCCAUACUGUUAAAGUUGUCAGCUCUGGUCAUGUUGCUUUCCUUAGCUUCUUAAUCAGACAUUUGCCUACCUGUGAUUGAGUCUUGGGCCCGGUAUGGUUCUGCCUGGCAUGGGCACCCAUCACCUGACAUACCAGGGAUAUACCUCAGUGAGUUAUGCUGCAGUGAACAGUGCAUGACACACAAGGCCCUUUGGCCUAAUCUCUACAUUGAAUAAGACAGAAAGGGUAGCUGUUUUGACAACUGGUUUCUCUCUCAAUUCAAUGUUCAGGCCUCCCAAAUUUCUCAGACACAUCCACAGUUACAGUAUUUCCAUUCUCAAACUGUUCAGGUAAUUACUCUGCAUUUUUUAAUAGAACAUGAUUUGAAUGAAAUUAAUUUCUAGCAUUAUCUGUGAGGCAUUUAACUGUUUCUAAACCUUUCACCCCUGAUCUCCUGUAAUCUCUGAGGUGGGCAGCCUUGUUGCUUUUAGUAAGCUGUGUUUUAGCUGUUAUUUGUUGGCUUUUGUGGACUUUUUGCGGUGCAGACCACCGACCAGGAUUACAGGACCACCACAACAUAUAUACAAUGACUAAAGAGACAACUGCAAUCGUGAUGAAAUAUUAUGUCCACGUUUAAUAAAGGUGAAAGAUGUAGUUGCUGCCUUAAAAUCAGCUGUGAGAGAACAGUGAACCUUUCAGGACUCUCUGCUAGGAAUGACUGUUUUAUCUUCAAGCUUAAUCCUUUGAAGAGUAAAUGAUCUUCAUGAAUUCAGUCAGGCAUUAAGGCAUUCAUAAAUCAUGUUAUUGGUUUCAAAACCAAGGUAUGCUAUUUAUUUGUGUUGAUUUUUCUUCUUCUGAUGGACCGAAUUAGCUUGAUCACUUAGGUGGUGUCACAAAAACCCUUUUUCGUUUCUCUCGUUUUAGAAACAGACAUUUCUGUUUUUUCCAAUCAGUCUAGUCAAUGACUGUCUGACAGUGUAUCCUUACAGCCUUUGCAUGAGAGAGGGGAGUGUGUGUAUGAGUGAGAGCAAGUUCAGAAUAUGCUAGAGACGGGUGUGUAACAACCAUGUAAUGCCACGUAGGAGACUGCAGGUGGUGCUGUUCUCCAAAACCACACCAUGACAAGGGUUGGAAACAAGUUAGAACCACAUUUACUGGGAAUUCAGUUUACAGCUCAGGCUUAUGUGGGCUACAAUUGUUGGUGUGUGUGUGAGAGCUCUUGAAGACCCCCUACCUCUUACCUCAGGGCAUUGGGCUGCUGUCAUUGUUGCAUUUGAUAUUGAAGUUAUGCAAUUGGCAUGUAUACUGAGGGACACAUCCAAAUCUUGGACGACCCAAAAUCUGUUUCUACUGACUUGCUAAAUGCUGUUUUAGACUGGUUCGGGUUUUGUCGCUUUUUGAUUUUUGUCAUCAGUUGCAGGCAAGGUCACAUCACUCAAGAAACUGUGAAGUUGAAAGUCUGCAGAACCUUGUCCCUGGAUGGUUUGGAUUUUAUUAGAUUUUUUAUUAUUUAAAUCUAAUCUGAUCUGUGUAAUACAAGUGCAUAUGCAAGUGGUUAUUGAAUACCUCAUUUAUCAAUUCUAUGUUGUUUUUGGCUUGUACAAUGCUCCGUAUAUAAAUCUGUGAGGUUUGUGCAUAUUUUUGUACUGUUAUUAUUAUUAUUAUUAUGGACAUGGUAAUGAUAUUAUAGUUUUCUCUUUUGAUUAAAACAAAAUUGGGACAACGUAAAUGCUUGUAAAACUGGUUUGUGCUGAUUGUAUUUAAAAGAGGAGCACUUUUCCAAAGUGAUUUUGACAUUCAGUUUUGUUCACAUUAGUAAUAUAAAGAUAUGGUUCUCAGGGCUUUAAACUUGUAUGUCAUGAUAAAGUUUUACUUUAUAUCUUA